AUGGGCAAUAAGAUCUCCGCAGUGCACGGCGUGAAGUCAGACCAUUUCUACGACCAAGGCAACGCCGUCAACGAGAUCUGGGUGGGCGACGUUGAAGUCAUCUCACGUUUACCCUUCGGCGAUUCCGACCUCGAGCAAGCCGGCUGGCCCAAGGGAGACUUCCCAAAGAUCCCGUGGCAUCAGUUCAUCAUCCCCAUGCAAAAACGAGACGAGGCCAGCAACACGGCUACCAACCCUUCCUCGUUGGCUAUAGAUGGGACUCAUUGUACUUGUCGAGACUGGCUACCAGAACAUGGGUACCUGGGCAUGUACACGAGAAUCCACCCAGAUGCUGCAGAUAUGAUUGGGGCUUUGUUCCUUUCAGUCGCUGGCUUUCUGUGGAUAUAUUUUACGGGCAGACUCUGCAGGGCUUUCAGGACGUGGCAAUGUGUACGGGAGGCAUCACUGCUCCUCCCAGAUCCGGUCGCGGCCAGACGUAAGGCUAACGGUGACCUUUGGAUUCGCCUCGGUCAAUCAUACGUUGUGUUUGUUCUCUCCAUCCUCUGCUUGGUGCUGGGCUUGCCAGCGAUCGCUGCUGGCGCAAAGAAACUGGAUGCUGCGAGCUUCGUUUUGUAUAAUGGGUUUUGGGGUGGCCUUGGUGUUAUUAUCAGCGGCCUCAUCAUUUACCCUUUAGUAAUGUGGUGGGAUGCGAGAAAGCUACGACCUGCGAAGAGCGACGAGCCCUGA